AUGGUACUGAAACACUUUCCUGCCAUCUGGGCCUCAGCCUGGAGUUGGGCAGGGAUCCAUAAUGUUGUUCAAUUCUUUCCCUUAACUAUUGCCUCCACUCCAUUUGAAUAUAUGAUUUUGGCUACAAUUAUAGCUAAUUGUAUUGUUCUGGCUCUGGAGCAACACUUACCAGAUGGAGAUAAGACGCCCAUGUCCGAGAGGCUGGAUGAUACCGAGCCGUACUUUAUUGGAAUAUUUUGCUUUGAAGCUGGCAUAAAAAUCAUCGCACUGGGGUUUGUUUUUCACAAAGGCUCUUAUCUUCGAAAUGGCUGGAAUGUGAUGGAUUUUGUAGUCGUCCUCACUGGGAUUCUGGCUACAGCUGGGACCCAGUUUGACCUACGGACUCUGAGAGCUGUCCGAGUGUUGAGGCCCCUGAAGCUUGUCUCAGGAAUCCCAAGUUUGCAAGUUGUCCUGAAGUCCAUCAUGAAAGCGAUGGUGCCCCUCCUUCAGAUUGGGCUCCUUCUGUUCUUCGCCAUUGUGAUGUUUGCCAUAAUCGGACUGGAGUUCUACAUGGGCAAGUUUCACAAAGCAUGUUUCUCCAAUGAAACAGAAGAGAGGGUGGAAGAUUUCCCAUGUGGUGAGGAGCCACCUGCCAGGCAAUGUGAUAAAGGAACCGUAUGCCAAAAGUACUGGGAAGGCCCCAACUUUGGAAUUACCAACUUUGAUAACAUCCUGUUUGCUGUGCUCACAGUCUUCCAGUGCAUCACCAUGGAAGGGUGGACAGACAUCCUCUACAAUACAAAUGAUGCUGCAGGAAACACCUGGAACUGGCUUUACUUCAUCCCACUCAUCAUCAUCGGUUCUUUUUUUAUGCUCAACCUGGUUCUUGGCGUAUUGUCAGGGGAGUUUGCCAAAGAACGAGAGAGAGUUGAAAACCGCCGGGCCUUCCUAAAACUCCGGAGGCAGCAGCAGAUUGAAAGGGAACUCAACGGCUACUUGGAGUGGAUCUUUAAGGCAGAGGAGGUGAUGUUAGCGGAGGAAGACAAGAAUGCUGAAGAGAAGUCCCCUCUGGAUGGGAGGGCCACUUCUGAAGGCCCAAUACUGAGAGGCACAACAACGUUGGAGAUUAGCAGCGGCGGCAGCUGUAACAUGCUGAAAAGGGCCACAAUAAAGAAGAGCAAGAAUGACCUUAUCCAUGCUGAAGAGGGAGAGGACCACUUCACAGAUGUUUGUUCUGUUGGGUCGCCGUUUGCUCGUGCCAGCUUGAAGAGUGCAAAGAAUGAAAGCUCCUCCUACUUCCGCAGGAAAGAGAAGAUGUUCCGCUUCUUCAUCCGGCGCAUGGUGAAAGCACAAAGCUUCUAUUGGAUUGUCCUGUGUGUUGUUGCCCUCAACACACUGUGUGUUGCCAGUGUCCACUAUGACCAGCCAGAGGGGCUCACCACAGCAUUGUAUUUUGCAGAGUUUGUUUUCCUUGGCCUGUUCCUCACUGAGAUGUCUCUGAAGAUGUAUGGGCUGGGACCAAGGAAUUAUUUCCACUCCUCAUUCAACUGCUUUGAUUUUGGGGUGAUUGUGGGCAGCAUCUUUGAAGUCAUCUGGGCUGCAGUGAAACCUGGAACUUCCUUUGGCAUCAGUGUGUUGAGGGCUCUUCGGCUGCUGAGGAUAUUCAAAGUCACCAAAUACUGGAACUCCCUGAGGAAUCUAGUGGUCUCCUUGCUGAAUUCCAUGAAGUCCAUUAUCAGUUUGCUGUUCCUUCUCUUCCUCUUCAUUGUUGUAUUUGCUUUGCUGGGGAUGCAGCUCUUUGGAGGACAGUUUCAUUUUAAUGAUGAAACACCAACCACCAAUUUUGAUACUUUUCCCACCGCCAUUCUGACUGUAUUUCAGAUUCUGACCGGGGAAGACUGGAAUGCAGUGAUGUACCAGGGGAUAGAAUCCCAAGGGGGUGUCCACUCAGGAAUGUUCUCUUCGAUCUACUUCAUUGUCUUGACGCUGUUUGGUAACUAUACGCUGCUGAACGUCUUCCUGGCCAUCGCUGUGGACAACCUAGCCAAUGCACAAGAGCUGACCAAGGAUGAAGAGGAGAUGGAGGAAGCUACCAAUCAAAAACUUGCCCUGCAAAAGGCCAAGGAGGUAGCAGACGUUAGUCCCCUGUCUGCAGCUAACAUUUCCAUAGCAGCCAAACAGCAGAAUGCCUCCAAAUCAAAAUCUGUGUGGGAGCAGAGAACCAGCCAGAUCCGUAUGCACAAUUUCCGGACUAGCUGUGAAGCACUAUAUAAUGAACUGGAUCCAGAGGAUAGGGUGCGCUACGCUACCACCCUCCACAUUCGUCCAGACAUGAAAACUCAUUUGGAUCGUCCCCUGGUGGUUGAGCCAAGGAGCAGCGAAGGCCAGAACAGCAACGGCAGUAAGCUAAGCCCCACUGAUGUCCAGGAAUCAGCAGAGCAGGCAAAUUCUGCUCCAGCCGAGUGCACCGAGGGUCCCUGGAAGCACCAUCGGCACAGAGACAAAGACAAGGCUGGAGAGCAAGAAAAGAGCAAUGUGCCAAAGGAAGAGAAUGGGGAGUCUGGCACAAACAAUAAGGAGGAAUGCCACAGGCCUCACAGGAGCCGGAGCAAAGAGGGUGAGGGUGGCGGCAAAGAAGGGAAAAGUGAGCGCAACAGAACCCAGGAAGGAGGCAGACGGCAUCACCGCCGCGGGUCAAUGGAAGAGGGAGCCGAGAGGGAGCACAGGCGCCACCGCAGUCACCGGCAUUCAGCAGAACGGCAAGCCAAAGAAGGCAACGGUACAGUCAACGGCACCAAGACUGAGCGCCGUUCACGACACCGAGGAGGAUCCAGGCCUGGGAAUCGGGAAGGUGAUCCAGGCUCUAAAGGAGAGGGCUGUGAAGAACCUCACAGAAGGCACAAGACACGGCAUAAGGCACUGUCAACUUACGAGUCGGUGGAGAAGGAGAAUGGUGAGAAGGAGGGAGAACUUGGGGAGAAGGAACUGAGGAAUCACCAGCCAAGGGAAGGUCAAUGUGACACAGAGGCUGGCGGGAGUGUGAUUGUUGCCCCGCUGCACACCCUGCCAAGUACCUGUCUACAGAGAGUGCCUGAACAGCCAGAAGACGCUGAUAACCAGAAGAAUGUCACCCGCAUGGGUCAGCCGUCACUGGACAAAACUGCCACUGUGAACAUUCCUGUCACUGUCACUGCACCUCCAGGGGAUGCUACCAUCAUUCCAAUGAAUAAUGUUGAAUUUGAAACAAAAACAGAAGAGAAGAAAGACAUGGAUGCUGAUGACUUGACAAAAAAUGGACCGAAACCAAUCCUGCCUUACAGCUCCAUGUUCGUUCUAAGUCCUACCAACCCAAUCCGGCGCCUAUGUCAUUACAUUGUGAACAUGCGUUACUUUGAAAUGGUCAUCCUCAUUGUUAUAGCGCUCAGCAGCAUUGCAUUGGCUGCUGAAGACCCAGUGCAAGCUGAGUCGCCAAGAAAUGAGGCUCUCAAGUACCUGGAUUACAUAUUUACUGGUGUCUUUACUUUUGAGAUGGUGAUAAAGAUGAUUGACCUGGGACUGAUCCUGCACCCUGGCUCCUAUUUCCGUGACCUCUGGAACAUCCUGGAUUUUAUUGUGGUCAGUGGGGCUCUUGUGGCCUUCGCCUUUUCACAAAACAAAGGCAAAGAUAUCAACACAAUCAAGUCCCUGAGAGUUCUGAGGGUCCUCCGGCCUCUGAAGACAAUCAAACGCCUGCCAAAGUUAAAGGCAGUCUUUGAUUGUGUGGUGAAUUCUCUGAAGAAUGUCCUGAAUAUCCUUAUUGUUUACAUGCUCUUCAUGUUCAUCUUUGCUGUCAUCGCUGUGCAGCUCUUCAAAGGGCGAUUCUUUUACUGUACAGAUGAGUCAAAGGAUCUGGAGAAAGACUGCAGGGGCCAGUAUCUGGAUUAUGAGAAAGAUGAGGUGGAAGCUCAGCCCAGGAAAUGGAAUAAAUAUGAAUUCCACUAUGACAAUGUUCUGUGGGCUUUAUUGACGCUGUUCACUGUCUCCACAGGAGAAGGGUGGCCAACCGUUUUGAAGCAUUCUGUUGAUGCAACGUAUGAGAACCAGGGCCCGAGUCCCGGGUUCCGAAUGGAGAUGUCCAUCUUUUACGUGGUGUAUUUCGUCGUCUUCCCUUUCUUCUUUGUCAACAUCUUUGUGGCUUUAAUCAUCAUCACCUUCCAGGAGCAGGGUGACAAAGUCAUGUCUGAAUGCAGCCUAGAGAAGAACGAGAGAGCCUGCAUAGACUUCGCCAUAAGUGCCAAGCCUCUAACCCGCUACAUGCCUCAAAACAAGCAGUCGUUCCAGUACAAGAUGUGGAAAUUUGUGGUGUCUCCUCCUUUUGAGUACUUUAUCAUGGCCAUGAUUGCACUCAACACCAUUGUGCUGAUGAUGAAGUUCUAUGACGCUCCAGCUCCAUAUGAAGACAUGCUGAAAUGCCUCAACAUUGUGUUUACCUCCAUGUUCUCAUUGGAGUGUGUGCUGAAGAUCAUUGCCUUUGGUGCACUGAAUUACUUCCGUGAUGCCUGGAACAUUUUUGAUUUUGUCACUGUCUUGGGAAGUAUUACUGAUAUUUUAGUAACAGAGAUUGCGGACACGGACAAUUUCAUCAACCUCAGCUUCCUUCGACUUUUCCGGGCUGCAAGACUCAUCAAACUUCUUCGCCAGGGCUACACCAUCCGGAUUUUGCUCUGGACCUUUGUCCAGUCUUUCAAGGCCUUGCCAUAUGUGUGUCUCCUUAUAGCAAUGCUGUUCUUCAUCUAUGCCAUUAUUGGCAUGCAGGUCUUUGGAAACAUUGCACUGAAUGAUGAGACAUCCAUUAAUCGCCACAACAACUUCCAAACAUUCUUGCAAGCCCUGAUGCUACUUUUUCGGAGCGCCACUGGGGAAGCAUGGCAUGAAAUCAUGCUGUCAUGCCUCAGCAAUCAAGCCUGUGACAAGCUCUCCAAACUCAGCAAAAAUGAGUGUGGCAGCGACUUUGCCUAUUUCUACUUCGUUUCCUUCAUCUUCCUCUGUUCCUUUCUGAUGUUGAACCUGUUUGUGGCUGUAAUCAUGGACAACUUUGAGUACUUGACACGAGACUCUUCCAUCCUAGGACCUCACCAUCUCGAUGAGUUCAUUCGGGUUUGGGCAGAGUAUGACCCCGCUGCCAGUUGCCGGAUUCAUUAUAAGGAUAUGUACAAUUUAUUACGAGCUAUUGCUCCACCUCUGGGCUUAGGAAAGAAGUGUCCACAUAGGGUGGCAUACAAGCGCUUGGUGAGGAUGAACAUGCCAAUCUCGAAUGACGACCUGACAGUUCACUUCACAUCUACACUGAUGGCCUUGAUCCGUACCGCCCUGGAAAUCAAACUUGCAUCAGGUGUCCUUCAGCACCAGUGUGAUGCUGAACUGAGGAAGGAGAUCUCCCUGGUUUGGCCCAAUCUCUCCCAAAAGACCUUGGAUCUGUUGGUGCCACCUCAUAAACCUGAAGCAAUGACAGUGGGGAAGGUCUAUGCAGCCCUCAUGAUAUUUGAUUUCUACAAGCAGAAUAAAAAUACCCGAGAUCCAGCUCACCCAGCCACUCAGACUGGAACCGUCUCCCUAUUCCACCCACUGAAAGCUGCACUGGAGCAAAGCCAGCCAGUAUUCCCCAAUGCUUUCCUUCGUCAAAAGAGCUCUGCUUCCCUCAACAAUGGAGGGGCUUUACCACCACCAGAAGGGAGAGGAAUCAAAGAGUCCAUUUCAUGGGGCACUCAACGAACUCAAGAUGUGUUUUAUGAGACCAGAACACCAGCAUUUGUGCGAGGCCACUCAGAGGAAAUUUCUGUGGAGCAGACAAUAGAAAUGCAAGAGAUCAGCCCAAUGCUAGCCAAUGGUGAACAUCAGCCUGGCCUGGAAAGCCAGGGGCGAGCCGCUUCCAUGCCACGCUUGGCAGCUGAAACUCAGAGGAGCAAAGCACGGUCACCGGGGAGAUACCUAGCACCCAUCCCGGACACAAGCCCCAUGAAGCGCUCCAUCUCCACACUGAACCCACAGCGUCCCCAUGCCACGCACCUCUACGAACAUUCCCGGCCAACAGAGCACACCCACCAUCACCACCACCACCGCUGCCACCGACGGAGAGAGAAGAAACAGAAAUCCAUUGACAAGCCCCCGAACCAUCUGGCUGAUGGGGAGGCUGCUGCACAAACAGGUGAGGCUGCGUCCAAGGCCAAAAGGCAGGAGCGGGGCCGGUCCCAAGAACGGAAGCUUCAUUCCUCUUCUUCCUCCGAAAAGCAGCGGUUUUACUCCUGUGAUCGGUACGGGAGCCGAGACCACUCUCAGCCCAAGUCAACUGAGCGCAGCAGGCCCACCUCCCCCAGUGGAGGGCAGGAACAUGGGAUGCAGAAGCAGGGCAGUGGUUCAGUUAAUGGGAGCCCCUUGCUGUCAACCUCUGGUGCUAGCACCCCAUGCCGUGGCCGGAGGCAGUUGCCGCAGACGCCGCUGACCCCGCGGCCCAGCAUCACGUACAAGACCGCCAACUCCUCGCCCGUGCACUUCUCCAGUUUCCAAACUGGCCUGCCAACCUUCUCCCCAGGGCGCCUGAGCCGCGGUCUGUCUGAGCACAAUGCGUUGUUGCAUGGAGACUCACAGGGCCACUCACAGACCCUGGUGGCCCGAAUCGGUUCGGACCCUUACCUGGGGCACCGGGAGGACAGUGACAGUCCAUAUCAUGUUGUGCCCGAGGACACGCUCACCUUUGAGGAGGCUGUUGCUACUAAUUCAGGAAGAUCCUCCCGGACUUCUUACGUCUCCUCUUUGACUUCCCAGUCACACCAAAUCCGCAGAGUCCCCAAUGGGUAUCAUUACACCUUGGGCCUCAGCUCCGGCCCUGGGACCAGCACCAGAGCACGUAGCUACUACCAUGAACGGGAUGAAGAUGAUUGGUGCUAG